UUAUGCAAAAGCAAGAUCAGAUUAGAACUCUGUCUGAUCUUGCUACUUGCAGAUAAACCAAAUAUUCAUGUGGCCUACUUAUAGCUCAUUUUCUUUGUGAUUUUUUCAUUUCCAAUUACUUAAACAUGGCAUAGGUUGCUGAAGGACAGGAAUUUUAACUUGGAAGUAACACGUUAUAAAGUUCAUGCUGUUGAGUAUUUUUGCUGAUUCAUCAACUAGAGGGUUCUUGGACUUACCCUCCUAUAUAAGUAUUUCUUAAAAAUAAAAAAAGAAGUGCCAUCAAAAUUUUCAUCACCUACAUUGUAUUCCAAAAAACACGAAUCCUCCUAGCAUGGAACAGUCAAGAAAGCAAGAUGAAUCAGAGUUCAACUUGAGAGAAUGGGCUACUAAGGCUAGACUUAGCAGAGAAAAAACCAAUUCAAGAAGGCACUCUGCAUCUUAUAUUAGAAGUUUUAGAGAAGAGGCAAAAUCUUUCAGAUCAAGUGUCACUAUUUCAAGCACUGCUUCCUCCCCUGGCUACACCUUAAGAGAGGAAAUUGAUCCAUCAAAAUAUUCUUUUACCAGUGCCCUGAAAGCAUUACAGGCAAAGACAAUAUACAGUUGGGAAUACAUGUCACCAGAUGGUUUGGCUCUGCAUUCAAAGUGGAAUGAAGCUGAGAAAUACAUAUGCAAUCCGUAUUCAGGGGAAGUUCCAUUGGAGUGUUUGUCUACAAAAAUACUUAGUGCAAGAUCAUUUCGCCAACCAACAAGCAGAAUUGCCAUCUCUGGAUCUCUCAUUCAUCCUUCUCAGAUACAGAAUACAGGACAAUUCCAAACAAAUCACCAUGUAAAACCUUCUUUGCAUACACAUGAAGUUGAAAUCCAAAUCCCAAGCAAAGAGAAGAAAGACAUUAACAUUACAAGAGAUGUGGGAACGCAGAGCAUUUCAGCUUAUGUAAGUUCAAAUAGUCCAAGUCCUGCUCCAACUCCAUCAAUUGAAGAAAGGUCUAUUAAGCUAAGUAGUGAAGCAGCUGACUCCUCACCCAUGACUACUCCUUCCAUUAAAGAAAUAUCCUCAAACCACUGGGAAGCAGUUGAUGGUCACUCUCCUAUGACUUCUCCAAAAAUAAAAUCUGACCAAGAGGUGGAAGUGAAAGAAACAGGAGAGAAAGAAGACACAAAAAGAAAUGAGGAACUGCAGGGACAGAAAGGAAAGCAGAGGUGCAGGCAAUUAGGUGGGUGCUUGUCAUGGAGGAAUUUGUGGAUGAGAAGAACAAGGCAUAGAGAAAAGCAUAAAUCAAGAAACAACAACAUUUUUCUUUGCCAUAUAAAUGGAUGCUAUAAAGAGUAAAUUAAACUGUCCUUGCUUGGCCCUUGGGGAUUGAAAGAUUCUCUUUACAUCACUCCUUUCCCUUUUCUUAUAUUCUAGGGGGGGGGGGGGGUUUAAUUUAUAUAAUACAUUAAUAAUA